UCAAUAUUUUAAAAACCCACACUUUGAAAAAUAUUCAAAUGAUGCAUAUACUUCAGCAAAAGUAACAACAUGUUCACAAAAAACUCGAUGGCUUCGAGGAAUAGUUCCUCAUAUUCAACAAUUUAUACUUCGGGCAACAUCUGAUCGAGCAAAAGGUGAAAAACGUGUUGGCAAAAUAUCACUCUCAAAUACUACUGUUGUUACAGCAUUAGAAAAGAUUGGUAUCAAUAAAAAGUGGGCGGCUUGUCCUCCUUUACUUGAAUUACUCAACUUUAACACUUGCUUUAUCAAAGGUAACUAUAUUUACAAAGCGAUCCGCCUUGAAUUCAAACAAGUCGAAAAAAUAGUUUAUUAUUUCGAUCAUGAAAAUAAUGCUCGACAAACAGGUGUAGCAAAUUUUUUAUAUUUACGACUUCUGAAAGAAACUUCUCGAGCAAUUACUAUCAACUAA